CCAAAGACGAAAGAUAACACGAUACGAAGAACAGAAGCGAGGAUGGGUCGCUCCCUUCUCUCCCACUUCCUCGUCCUCUCACAGUCGUCUCCUCGCUUUACGCCUUCUCUAUCAUUUUGCGCGUUUGGAAGCAAAUACUCCAAGACUCACUCUCUAAUUGGCAACAGUUCCCGAUGUUACUGUAAUAUCUCCGUCACGGAGCCUGCUGCGCCGGAGCGUCCUCCCAGUUCCGUGAAGCAGAGGAUAGUAUCCGGUGUUCAGCCAACAGGCUCCAUUCACCUUGGUAAUUAUCUAGGUGCAAUAAAGAAUUGGAUUUCACUUCAGGAUACGUAUGAUACUCUCUUCUUCAUUGUGGAUCUCCAUGCGAUCACGUUACCUUAUGAUACACAGCAACUAUAUAAAGCAACAAGAGAUACAGCAGCUAUUUACUUGGCAUGUGGUGUGGAUACCUCCAAGGCUUCUGUUUUCGUUCAGUCUCACGUCCGUGCUCAUGUAGAGCUGAUGUGGCUGCUUAGUUCAACCACUCCAAUUGGUUGGCUGAACAGGAUGAUUCAAUUUAAGGAGAAAUCACACAAGGCGGGAGAUGAAAAUGUUGGUGUUGCACUUCUCACAUAUCCUGUCCUUAUGGCUUCUGAUAUUCUUCUAUAUCAGUCAGAUUUUGUCCCAGUUGGUGAGGAUCAAAAGCAGCAUCUUGAGUUGACUCGUGAGUUGGCUGAACGUGUUAAUUAUCUAUAUGGUGGAAGGAAGUGGAAGAAAUUAGGAGGGAAAGGUGGGGUUAUUUUCAAGGUUCCUGAGCCACUUAUACCUCCAGCUGGAGCACGGGUUAUGUCCCUCACUGAUGGUCUUUCUAAGAUGUCCAAAUCUGCACCUUCUGAUCAAUCCAGAAUCAAUCUUCUCGACCCAAAAGAUGUAAUUGUGAACAAGAUAAAGCGUUGCAAAACUGACUCAUUUCCAGGGUUGGAAUUUGACAAUCCUGAAAGACCUGAAUGCAACAAUCUUCUUACAAUUUACCAACUUGUUUCUGGAAAAACAAAAGAGGAUGUUAAGCAGGAGUGCAAAAAUAUGAAUUGGGGAACAUUUAAAAUCCUUUUAGCGGAUGCUCUGGUCGAUCAUCUACAUCCUAUCCAGGUCCGCUACAAGGAAAUUAUAUCUGAUUCAGCUUAUUUGGAUGAAGUCCUGGCCGAAGGUGCUAGAAAAGCUGCAGGUAUUGCUGAUGCUACUGUCAAUAAUGUCUAUCAAGCCAUGGGGUUCUUUCGGAGAUGAACAGAAUCGAGCGACCAUGAUAGAUUCUCUAGGAUAAACAUUAAUGAAACCACGACCUUGAAGAAAUGGUAAGUUCCCGCUGUUUAUAAGUUUUUGUAGAAUACAAGCUAGCAUAUUGUUUAUGACAGACAUUAAAGGCUGCAAAAUUCUUUGAUGCAGUUUUUAUUUAGCAUUAUUACCAUUUUUUCUGUAAAGGUUAACUUAUUGGGCAUCAUAUAUACGGUGACGUGUGAUAACUUGUUAGUUGGACACCUAACGAAAAAUUGCGUACCAUGACGGUUCAAGAUGUCUGCAGGAAUGAGAUCUUUUCUGUCAAUGAACUCUUUCCAGUAUAGAAAAGAAGUUUUUGGAUUUGGUAAUAACUUUUCUUGUUAUUUCGAGUA